AUGACUGGUAGAGGGAGACCGGGCAAGGCAAGGAGUCCAGACACAAAGUGUGCCACGUGUAAAACUAGACCUGAGGAAUUGAAACCAUAUGUGCCCAAAAGUCCAGGGAAAGGCUUUGCAGAAGAGAAGCAGAAACGUACCACAAAGGAACAGAAACCAAAGGUGCAGAAAAAGGCAGUCCGCUUUGAAGAGAAGCCACAUGUACAGAGCACCUGUAAAGACAAGACCACAAAACCAUUCACAGAGAAGACCAACAAGCAGCAAAGUACACCUACAGAAAUAACAAAGGUUCCUGUACAAGUCACAAAAGCCUGUGCUAAAAGGGCUGAAACAACAGAACAAUCUGUAGAAAAGAUAACGAAGACGCCAAAGGACACUACAAAGGGCUCUUUGAAGCCCACAAAAGCAAAAAAAUGUGGUGGGAAGGCCAAAUCGGCAGAAAAAAAUUUAGAGGAGCUGACAAAGGUACAGCCAGAUGCACCAAAGGACACCACGACGGCUUCUAUGAAGACAACCAAAGCAAAAACAUGCGCUGACAAAGCCAAAUCACCAGGAAAAAUCAAAGAGACAACCACGGAAAUGCUGCCAGAGACCCCAAAGAAGACCACAAAGGUUUGUGUACCACAAGAAAGGCGUGAAGACAAAGUAAACUCUAUCCUCAACAAAACUCUGGAAAAUCUGAAGAUUAAAAGGGACGAAAGAUCAGAUGCAGCAGAAGUCAUCAAUAAAAUAGUAAAAACUAUAACCGUGCAUUUGAAAAAGAACACCCAGUGCUUUAAAGAAGUAACCGACCUUCCUACUGGAAGUUACUAUGAAAAUCUAAAGAUUUCUAAACCUGAUGAAUUCGACAUCAUGCUGGCCAUUCCUGUUGACCGAGUGAACGUUAAUCCAUUCGGAGAUGAUGGAGCCUAUUACAGUGUGGAAUUAAAACGUGGCGAGAGCCCUUUGCAGAAAUUUCUAGAGAAAAACAUUUUAUCCGCCAGUAAAAUGCUUAAGGAGUUCAGGGACGAAGUGAAGAAAUGUGUCAAGCGAUUCCCAGUAUGUAAGCCAUGGAAAAUAGGCUGCCCUGCAGUGACCCUAACCACAACAGUACAAUCAAUCGCCAUUUCACUGGAUGUUGUUCUCAGUAUCAUGGUUAAAUCAAGCUGGCCACCUUUCACCAAUGAAGGCAUUAAAAUAGAUGGCUGGCUGGGAACUAAAGAAAAGCAGGAAUACAAGCGAAAGCCAUAUUAUCUAGUACCAAAAUACGAGGGCAGGGGCAAUGUGGAAAAUGACGGGGUCCUUGCCAAGGAUACUUGGCGUGUUUCAUUCUCUCAUAUUGAGAAAGCCAUACUGAAGAAUCACGGAUCGGAGAAGACAUGCUGUGAGAAAGCCGGAGCACGAUGCUGCAGGAAGGAUUGUUUGAAGCUCCUAAAGCACCUUCUCAAACUGCUGAAGGAAAAAGACUCCUCAUUUGACAAGUUCUGCUCCUACCAUGCCAAGACCACACUCUUACAUGCUUGCUGCUCUAGAACUAAAGACAGUGACUGGAUAGGCUCAAACCUGAGCAGCUGUUUUCAGCUGCUUCUAAAGGACUUUAUAGGGCAUCUUGAAGCUGGUGUACUCAACAACUUCUUUAUCCCAACUCAGAACCUGCUCUCCGGUCCCACCCAGUCCAAGUGCAAAAGUCUGGCUCUUCGUAUCAGGGAGGAAUGGGAAAAUGGAUUUCCUAUUUUUAAGUGACAACUUCACAGCCUUUGGGUACGCUACUUUGGUUUAUUUUUGGUUUUGGUAGAUGGAAUUUUGUGAAGGCAGAACAUCAACUAUGUUUGGUCUACAUGCAGACCAACAUCAGCAGCAGAACAUUUUGAUGUGUACUUUGGGUCAAGGGUUAAAUUCUAAUUGUCUGCUGACCACACUCCUCACUGUUCGGUUACAUGCUUUCCUGGGCUCCGCAAUCAUUU